CUCCUCCUUUUCAAGUUUUUCUUUCUUUUGUUUUGAGCUGAUAUCUCAUACACUUCAGUUAAGAUAAUAUCUUGAAGUUCGUAUCAACAAUAUGGAUGAAAAUCAACCGGAGCCAGAGCAGCUAGAAGGAGGGGAAGACACUCCAGCACAAGAAGCCAAUGUCAUGCACCAAAGCCAACCUAACCAAAUGACAACACACACUCAAAUAGUUGGUGGUUCUUCCUCCUCAUGCUACCGAAGAGGGCAACUCUACCUGCACCAACACAUCCACCGACUCCAACAACAACAGCUGCGAAGACGACUUAACAACUUCUGGGAAACUAAGUGCAAGGAAAUUGAGAACCCCAUUGAUUUUAACCAUGCAUUUCCUCUGGCGAGGAUUAAGAAGAUCAUGAAAGCUGAUCCCAAUGUGAAUAGUGUAGCAGCUGAUGCUCCUGUUCUUUUCUCCAAGGUGUGCGAGAUGUUCAUUAUGGACCUGACAAUGAGGGCUUGGAUGAAUGCAGAGGAGAACAAACGGAGGACUCUUCAGACAAGUGACAUCGCAUCUGCAAUCUCAAGGACUGAAGUGUUCGAUUUUCUUGUUGGCAUUGUUCCCAAGGAUGAGAAAAUGGAGCAUGAUGUGUAUGCUGGGAUUCCACCAAGAACAGGCAAUGAUGUUGAGGUAGUUCAAAAUGUUCCUCCUCCUCUUGGUACUACUCAUCCUUACUAUGCUGAGGUUGUUCAGAAUGUUCCGGGUGUUCAAAAUGUUCCUCCUCCUCUUGGUACUCCUCAUCCUUACUAUGCUGAGGUUGUUCAGAAUGUUCCAGCUGUUCAAAAUGUUCCUCCUCCUCUUGGUACUCCUCAUCCUUACUACUAUGUGCCAGCACCUCCUCCUCAUCAUUUUGGUUCUGCAAUUCCUCCAAGAAUGGUUAUGGCAAGGCCUCCUUUUGAUCAUCCUAUAUACAGGCAGCAACCACCCUAUCCUUAUGCUCCUCAAGCAUUGCAGUAUGCAGCCCCAAAACAUCUGAUGAUUGAAAACUCUCCAGAUUCAGAUGAGACCAAAAAGUAGUUUCAGUCAUUGUCUAAAUGUUCAGCUUUGAGUGAAGCCACCCCCGUAUGUAUAAACCCCACCUCCUUCAAAUUUCAUGUUAAAGAACUUGAUAGUCUUAACAUGAUUAUGAAUAAAAGAAUAAAAGUAUGGAAUAGUUCUCAAUAAUAAUUUAAUUUGAGGGAUAAGACCAA